AUGACAGAUUAUGAGGGUUUCAAACAACUGGAAGUCAUCCAAGAAUUUGCGAAAUACCAAAACAAUGUGGGAUUAUUCAUGGAUAUCAUCGAUUUUACUCAAUGUUUGAAUGGAUUUAAUAACAUUUGUUUCGACGAUCGGUUGGCACUCGUGAAAUACGGGGGCAUAGAGUUGGCGUCCAUUCGUUCACUUAAUUAUUACGAUCCCAAACACGAGAGCUUUUUACUUCCAAUUGUUUGUAUAGAGUCUACAAACAGACUCAUUAAUACGUGGAAUUACAACGACCCUAUUGCUAUAGAUUUGUUGACGGCAAUUAUACUAUUCAAUCCAAAUCGACCGCAUCUAACGCAUAGACACAACGUUAGGAAUUAG